GUUUUUCAAUCAUAUUGAGGAGUCUAAAGAGCCGAUGCCGGGAAUUGCAAUCAACAGAGACGCAUUUCUCCAGGCGCAGCAAGAUACACUCGCCGAGGCCCGCAGUCCAUGGGCGGUCAUUCAGGACAACGUCAAGACGUGCGCAGUCAUUCUCGUCGUCCAGACAAACGGCAUCAUUCUUGGAUUAGAAUAUGUCUUACUCGGUGCGCUAGUCGGCGUCCAAGCCUUCUGCAACACGAUGGGAUCGUAUGAUUCCGAGACUGAGAGCUACACAGUGGCGGCCACUACGCUCUCCCUCUGGGCUGGACUCUUUGGUCUCAUGCAUCUUCUGGGACAACUCUUUGCCGGUUGGUUUGCAGACCGUUUUGGCCGUAUCAAGUGCAUCUAUCUCAUGGUGUUGAACAUAUACCUCGGCGUCAUGGUGGAGAUCCUGUCAAAGAAUAAGAACGACUACACUGGCGCAAAGAUUAUGAUGGGGACGGCCACGGGCAUGAUGCAAGUUGCUGUACCGACAUAUAUCGCUGAGAUUGCGCCGUGUGAGAUCAGAGGAAUCUCUCUCGGCCUGUUUAUGUCUCUGGGUGCGAUGAUCGGAAACAUCGUCACUUACGUCGCAAACCAAACCUGGGGUUCUGACCCUUUUGAUAAUCGCGGGUGGAGAGUGCCACUCUAUGUCGGUCUAGCCACCCCGACGAUUUCCUUGAUCGGCAUGGCGCUCAUGAUGCCCGAGUCACCAUACUGGUUGAUCCUUCAACAUCGGGUCAAAGAUGCCCAAGCAAGUCUGAAGCGUCUGCACCCAACGAAAUCCGACGAGGAGAUUACGCGCCUCACGAAUGAGCUACAAUACACGGUAUUGAAGGAAAUCGAGGACAAGGAAUCUUCGAGCGAUGCUUCGUAUCUUGAGUGUUUACGUGGUCCAAAUCUCAGACGCACAUUUGCUGCCCUUUUUCCGUCUUUGGCUCAGCAACUUGUCGGCAACCAACUCGUCCAGUCGUAUUCUGCUUAUUUCUUCACGAUAGCAGGAUUGUCGAAUGCACUGCUUGGAAGUGUCGUCGUCUCUUGCGUGGGACUGGGAGCAGCCAUCUUUGCCUUUUCCCUGAUCGAGCUGAGGACUGUUGGGCGAUGGCAUCUGGUUUUCUGGGGUGUUAUCGGAAUCACUCUUUGUUCACGUAUAGUUGGUAUCGGUGUCAUCGACACUGCGGAUCACGGCAACAACACGGCUUCCGCUGGUGCAGUUCUCGUUACUUUUGUUGCGCUCUUUAAUGCGGCCGUGACCAUCGGCCCUGGUGUUGCGGGAUGGUCAUACACUGCAGAAAGCGCAUCAGCCAGACUCCGUGCCAAGACAGCUACUCUGGCCGUCGGCUGCAACGCCGUCAUUGGAACAGUGACUAACAUUGUGAUUCCAAUUGAGCUGGAGGCUAUUGGAGCCCAAACUGGAUACAUGUUUUUCGGAAUCGGGCUUGUUUGCAUCGUGUUGAUUUACCUCUGGAUUCCCGAUGUCACCGGGCGAAGCUACGGGCAGCUGGAUGAAUUGUUUGAGCGCAGAAUCCCGGCAAGAAAGUUUAAGGGUACUCAAUGCACAGGCAAUUAUGGUACGCCGCACCGUAAGCCUGCUUGA